AUGGCCCCCACAGUGUACAAUGAUGUCGAGGUCAUUCAAUUCCCGACCUCGACCGUGACACCUGAGUUUCAUUACAAACCCCCAGCUAACCCAGGCGGACAAACGCUCCUCAGAGCCGGGACCGUUCAGAAAGAAGGUCAUCGGCCACUGUUAUGUGACAUUCUCCUCGAGGAGGAAGUUGCCAUAAAGACCCGGGAUGGCAUCAUUCUCUACGCAGACGUCUUUCGCCCUCCUCAUGACCGUAAGGUGCCUGCAAUCAUCAGCGGAGGACCCUUUGGUAACAGGGGAGGCCCUUACGGCAACAACUUUGACAAGGCUCCCUUUCGCUUUGGUUGUCCUCAUAUCGCUACCUCGGGACUGGAGAAAUUUGAAGGCCUUGACCCAGGGUAUUGGUGUUACCACGGAUAUGCCAUUAUUCAUACUGAUUGUCGUGGAACUUGGAACUCGGAAGGGGAUGCUAUAUUCCCGUCCAAGCAAGAAGGAAAGGACAACUACGAUAUAAUCGAGUUUAUCGCUGAGCAGCCGUGGUGUAACGGACGAGUCUCGAUGGCAGGAAACAGCUACCUGGCGUUUACGCAAUACUACGCUGGCGCAGAGAACCCUCCUCAUCUCGCUUGUCUCGCACCAUGGGAGGGCUUCUCUUCCUUGUACGAGGAUGUCAUUCGCCCCGGAGGCUGCCCGAAUCCAGGGUUCUCGACCGGCAUCAUGCGUGGAGCCUUUGCCAGCUUCAAGGGCAGCAAGGCGCCUGACAUCGGCGCCAUGUGCUACAAGUAUCCUACAUGGAACGACUACUGGGAGGACCAUCGCGUCGCAUUCGAAAAGAUCAAGGUUCCGAUAUAUCUCGUGGCGAGCUGGACCAAUUUCUUGCAUGUUACUGGGACCCUUCGUGUGUGGCAAGGUUGUAGUAGCCGCGAAAAAUGGCUGCGAAUCCACAACACGCAUGAAUGGCCAGACCUGUAUGAUGAGCAAAACACGGUCGACCUGCGUCGGUUCUUCGACCACUACCUCAAAGGGGUCAACAACGACUGGCUCUAUACCCCUCGAGUGAGGAUGUGCGUGUUGAAUGCUGGCGGGAAAGAUAUCAUAAACCGACCAGAGACUUCAUUCCCCUUGGAACGCCAGAAGCCGGUCAAGCUAUAUCUCAACCCUGACGAGAAUACUCUGUCGCGGACACCAGUGUCAAUGGAAACGAUAUUCUCAUACGAUGCCGUGAAGGGUGAUAUAACGUUUAAGCUGCCAGUGACCACUGGGCCCCAGGAAUUCUCAGGAUACAUUAAGCUACGUCUUUGGGCUGAAGCCGAAGGGUCAGACGACAUGGAUAUUUACGCCACGUUACAAAAGUUCAACACCGAGACUGGGCGGCCCCUACAGCCAGUGGUGGUCGACGUCGGCAGACUUCAGCCCAAUGCAGACGAUGUCCGACAGCAGCUCAUCGACAAACCCGAUGGAGACGAGUCGUUUGGCGCCGAGUUCUUCCACGCCGGGCCCAUUGGCUGUCUGCGAGCCAGUCACCGGGAGCUAGACGAGGCAAGGUCCUCAGAGUUCCAUCCUGUUCACACCCACCGGGAGGAGCAGUUGCUGCAGCCAGGUCAGAUUGUCCAACUGGACAUGGCGAUCCCUCCGUACGGUUUCAUCGUCAACGAGGGAGAGGAAGUGCGGUUGACCAUCUCGGGUUACCAUCCUGAUCCGCACUGCCGACCUACCGACCCGAAGCCGCAACUGCGGAAUAGCGGCAGGCAUAUUUUCCAUACAGGUGGUAAAUACGACGCUCAUCUUGUUCUGAUGCAUAUUCCAGGGGCUUGA